AUGGGCAGCACCGCGCCCAGCCAGAACCCUUUUGCAAUGGCCACACAGCCAGCCGCGGAGGCCAUGCCUGCCGAUGCCGCGACGGCCCCACAGGAGACCCAGACUACUGCAGACCCGUUUGGCAUUUACGACAGCAGCACCGGCACGCAGUUUGCCGACAGCACCCUGUACGACGGCGCGGUGGACGUGCGUUACGGGGGGCAGCGCGUGGUGGGCGAGCGGCUGCUGGAGAUCCGCAACCAGAUGGUGAACAGCGUGAAGCCUAUCUACACGUUCGAAAAGAUCGUUGAGGUCCCGCAAGUCAUCGUGAAGGAGCGGACGCGAGAGGUUCCCAAGCCACAGAUCGUGGAGCGCAUCAUUGAAGUGCCGAAGACGGAGGUCCGGGAGCGCACCUUCGUCGGGCCUCCCACCGUGCAGUACCAGGAGCAGAUCGUCGAGGUGCCGCAGGUCGUGGUGGAGGAGCGCGUCGUGCACGUGCCGAGGCGGGAGGUCCAGGAGCGGCUGAUCGAGGUGCCCAAGAUAGAGUACGUGGAGCGGAUCGAGUACGAGGACUUCAUAGAGUACCGCGAGGUUCCAGUGGACAAGAUCGUUGAGGUCCCCGAGAUCGAGUACCGCGUCCGGGAGGUGGAGCAGUUUGUCCCGCAGACCUACAUACAGGAGUACUACGUCGACAAGUACGUCGAGACCCCGAUCACACAGGUGCAGGAGGUCGAGCGCGUGGAGCACGUGCCCGUGAGCAUGCACCAGAAUGCCGCCGCCGCGAUGGCGAGCUCGCAGAUGGCGGAGGCGGCGCGGAGUCUGCAGCAGGGCGGCCUGCAGGGCGGCCAGCAGUUCGUGACCAUGUCGUUCAACGUGCCUGCGCACAUGGCUGCCGCGUAUUCACAGGUGGCCCCCGUCUCCUCGCCGGGGUCUCAGCAGGUCGGCUUCCCGGCGGAGGCCGCGGUCCAGCCGCAGGUCGUCAACUCGUACAUGUCGUACGACCCGAGCAAGGUCCACAUGAUGGGCCAGUUCGUGGACCCGCAGCAGCCCCUGGAGUCGAAGCAGGCUGGAGAACAUUUCGCGGCUUCGUCAAAGUUCGCGGGCAUGCCGAUCGGGCAUCAGUUCCUGGUGCCCCACGGGAGCGUCGGCCCCUGCGGCUCCAUGCAGGGGUGCGCCACCCCGCCAAUGGCACCAGGCUCCGCUGCAGUGGUGAACCCUUUCGCAUCCAUGCCUGCCGGCGCCGCGGGCAAUCCCUACCAGUCAGUGCCAGUGUUCUGA